AUGACCUUGGGCAGCCCAGUAAAAACGCAGUAUGGCCUCGUAGUGGUCAGCGGGGUCCCAGAGGAACAAGUAGGAGCUGGGAGGAGUGCAGAGCAGGCUGGUGCUGGCUCUCUGGCUGGAGAUUCAGACUUCAGGGCCGGCUCUCAGGCUGUGGCUUCAGGCCUGAAGCUGGUGCCGGCUUCUCGUGCUGUGGCUCCAGUUCCCCAGUCAGCUCCCGUUGCCUCUCGGCGUUGCCUCGACUCUCCUUGUGCAAAGUCGGUGCCCCCGAUGGAGAUGUUCAGCCUGGAGGAGCUGGAGGAGCGGCAGCUCUUGGCUGCCUGCAGCCACCCCAGCAUCCCCAGAGAUGGGCACGGGGACCUGGGGGGGCUUUGGCGAGAUCCGUGCCCGCGGCAGCUUGGCCUAGCGCCGGCGUUUGUGGCGUGGCGCACGGUGGCAGCGUGGCAGCUUCCUGUCUGUGGCUGGGAUGCUGCCAGCGUGCUGCCUGUGCGCGGUGCUCUGGCCUCUGGUGGUGGAGCAGGCGGGCGUUGGGCUGGUGGGCGGCGCGGUGCUGUCCCCGUGGUGCUGGUCUGCCAGCCGGCAGGAGAUGCAUCCGGCUGGCAGUGCGAGGUGCCUGAGCAGCACGUGGGGCUGUUUGUGCGGCGCCUCUUCCACGAGCCGCCCAGUGCGCAGCAGAGGAGGCACGGGGCGCUUGGCUGGCUCGGUGCUGUCCCCGUGGUGCUGGUCUGCCAGCCGGCAGGAGAUGCAGCCGCGUGGCAGUGCCAGUCGGGGGAGAACCACCCGGGGCUGCCUCUGCUGCACCUCUCCCAUCGGGUGUGCAGUGCUGGGCGAUGGAGGUGUGGGGGAAGGCAGUGGGCUGGGCAGUGCCAGGCGGGUGAGAAUCACCCGGGGCUGCCUUCGCAGCACCUCUUCCAUCAGGUGUGCAUGGUUUGGCGAUGGCGGUGUGGGAGCAGCCAGGGCGCUUGGCACGGGCAGCUGAGGGGAUGCUGCCUGGUGCCCAAGUGGGUUGUUGAGGAGCCCAGGUUCAGCAUCUGUGUCGCUGCUGAGCUCCCGGCUGGCCCUGGGGGAGUGAGGCAGCUCUGUGAUGGAAGAGGAGUUGAGGCUGCUGGAGGCACGUGCGCUCGGUGGUUCUGUGGCAGUGGUGCGCUGCGUCAGCUCUUCCCUUUUGCAGCUGUCCAGAGCACUCACAGCUUCUGGAAUAGCAGAACAUCCCCCGGAACGAUGAUGGCAGCCUUCCCACCCCCGCUUGGUGCAGACACCCACCGGUCAUCUGUGCAGACCACAAACUCACCAUCAAGCCAGAUCGUCCAUGUCUGCGGUGUCGUGCAGGAUGCCUGGGUUGGCUGUCACUUCUGAAGAAGCAAGAAAAUCCCCCGUGGGGCACUGCCGGCUUUCCCGCGCCCACUGGGUGCGAGCACCCCCCCGCCAGCUCUGCUGCCCCCAGACUCACCCUGGUUGAUCCACGUCAGGAGCUCAGCGAUGUCCUCGGCGAUUUCCUCCGGGGUGUCUGCGCUCGUUGUGGCUGCUGGAAAAGCAAGAGCAUCCCCAGUGGGGCGGUGCCAGCUUUCCCACAGCCCCGUGGAGUAGCCAGCCUGCCGCCUGCCCUGCAGCCCCUGAACUCACGGCCUGAUUGCAGCGAGGCAGUGCUGCAGUGACCACGGCCAUCCCCUGAAGCUCCAGUCAUGAAGACCCUGUACGUCAUGUCUGAUGGCCAUCUGUCUGCACUGCCCAUGGCUGUGAUGGGUGCAGCUACCUCAUGUCCCUUCAAACUGCCAGGCAUCCAAGCUUCUCCUCCACCAGCUCUCCACUGACUGCAACGCCUUUGC